GAGGAGCCGAUGGACACGGCCCACGGGGAACUGCAGCCCGGCCCGCGACGAGCGUGACUUGGCCUUGGCUCGGACCUUGCCUCCUUGUUUCCCGCGGCCGGACAUGCUGGAAGCGCUGGAAGGAGCAGCGGCUGGGCACGGAGCAGCACACAGACAAUCACCCUGACGCAAGCGCCGCUCCCCUUUUAUCCCUUCCCUGGGCGGGACGAACCCGCGGCGAUUGGCUGGAGCCGGGCUCUGCCGGAACAACCAAUGAGCGGCCGGAUCGUGUCCGGACCAAUCGGCGACAAAGACGCGCCAGGCACAGGAAGGACCAAUCGUAUUGCGCAGUGCUGAUCCCUGAAAUUUGCAUACGCGUCUGUAUAAAUAGCGGGCUCUGCGGUCAUUCAGCGUGCUCAGCUUCCUCCGGGUGCCCGAGCGUUACAGCCAUGCCCGAGCCGGCCAAGUCCGCGCCCGCGCCCAAGAAGGGCUCGAAGAAGGCGGUGACCAAGACGCAGAAGAAGGGCGACAAGAAGCGCAAGAAGAGCCGCAAGGAGAGCUACUCGAUCUACGUGUACAAGGUGCUGAAGCAGGUGCACCCCGACACGGGCAUCUCGUCCAAGGCCAUGGGCAUCAUGAACUCCUUCGUCAACGACAUCUUCGAGCGCAUCGCGGGCGAGGCGUCGCGCCUGGCGCACUACAACAAGCGCUCCACCAUCACGUCGCGGGAGAUCCAGACGGCCGUGCGCCUGCUGCUGCCCGGCGAGCUGGCCAAGCACGCCGUGUCCGAGGGCACCAAGGCUGUCACCAAGUACACCAGCUCCAAGUAGACGGUUUCUGCGAUCUUUCUCCCAUCUUUUUAACCCAAAGGCUCUUUUAAGAGCCACCCACAUACUCCGUAAAAGAGCUUUAACAC